GGGAUCUGCAGGUACACUGCGCUCAGUUGGAGAGUGGAGAUGAUGUUCUGGGGGAGAUGGAUUACAGCCGUAAACACACCCAGGAAUGUGAGCUGCUCAUCAGCACUCUCAGUGAGACCAUCGCCGCCCUUCGCCGCCAGGUUGAAGAGCAGGAAGAGACUGUGGUGAAGAUUUAGGCUGAUUUUUCUGUCUUCGGGCCACUCAUGUUCACUCCGAUGCAGACAAUGAAUCCCAGUUCUCCUGCAUUCAGGAACAAGAACAUGCGCUGUUCCAUUCAAUGGAGCGCUACGGUCAGAGUGCCCAGGAGCUGCAAGCGUGCCAACUAGAGUUAGGGACGGCAGUGCGGCAGAGGUGCAACGACUGCAGAACAGCUAAGGCAGCUCCAGGCAGGCCAGGGACUAGAAGAGGUGGAGUCUCUAAGGCAGAGGGUAGCCAAUCUAGAAGAAGAACUGCAGGCAGCUCUAAGGCAGUGUGCCCAGAAAGAACAGGCUACCCAGAUGAGAGACGCCCUGCUAAGACAGUCCGAGGCAGAUCUUCUGCAGGCACAAGAGAAGAUCCGAAGCAGGAUGGCAGAGACAGAGAUAUUCGCCAAGAGCUGGCCCGGCAGCAAGAGAAGGCGCAGUUGUUGGAGGGAGGUCAAUGUCUGGCUCAGGAGCAGCUCACAGAGCAUGUGGCAGAGGUGGUACAGGCAGAGAAAGCUCAGAGGAGACUCCAGGCAGAGCACAAGAGACUGACAGAAAAACUAGAGAACACCAAACGGGAGCUCCAGGACUCAUGGUUGCUGGUAGAGCGUGUGAAGGCAGAGGCCAGCAGCUGUAGACAGGAACUGCUCAAGGCUCAGCAGGAGAAACAGCAGAUCCAGGAAGAGCUGGCCAGCAGCAGAGAGAACCUCUCAGCCCUGCAGACUAAGAACCGGCUGGAUCCAACUCCAUUCCUGCUUUGUGUCAGACUCCACUGCUACGUGUCUCUGAGUGAUGAUGACUAAAUGCAGCCGGUGUCAGCCAAACAUCACUUCAGUCUAUUACGAUGAACUUCAGAGGAUGAACUGAUGCCAACUCCAACCAUAAGACAUGGGAUACAUCAUAUGUCAUUGCUUGAACCUUGGAUUUAGGACAGACCUCACCGAAAUUACCGGCCGGUUGAACUGCGAUGCACCUCACUGAUCUCUUCCUGCAUCACCUCGGUCUAAUUAUGGACUACACUCUUAAAAUGGAAUACGUAGACUAUCAAUUAAUUGCCAACAAAAAACUUCAUCAGCCAACAAACAAAGGACAAUUGCAUCUAUGUGAACUUCUGCAGUUAAUCCAGGAUGGUCUUCAAAGACAUUAGUCAUUAAUCUUACAGUUCUUACAAAAUCUUUGUUUUAGCACUGACCCUUAACACUUACUUAGUUUAAUAAUUUUAAAUCAUGACUUGCACUAUACAUAAUUAAGUAAUAUUGGCAUUAUAUUCAUUCUGUUUAGCCAGAAGGGAACUGGCCCCCACAUUGAGCCUUGUUUCUCCCAAGGUUAUUUUUCUCCAUUAACCAACAUCUAAUGGAGUUUUGUGUUCCUUGCCACAGUCGUCUUCGGCUUGCUCACUGGGUUUCUAAAUACAAUUAUUAUUUAAUUACUUAUAUUUAAACACAAUUCACAAUCGUAUUUUAUCAAACUACACA